CUGUGUCAAGUUCCAGAGAAGAGUUUCUUCUGUCCAAAGUUACCAAUCAGGCAAAAACAUAGAGUUGAAGGAAGGAACUAGGAGAAAAGGUUUGUCCUGCAGCUGACGGGCUAAGAGUAUCCAGUACAGAGAGGUCAACCGAGAGAGCCUCAUCAUGCCCUUGGCUGCUUCUAUACCUGCGUGGAGGCAAAGUGCUGAGUAAAGAGCAGACAACAAGGAAACAGAAAUGCCCUGCACUUGGAGGACUGCUGACCUUCAGCUACUACUGAUUGUGAUUGUGUUCGUGGCUGAAUGCCUAAGUAUACAAUCGAAUGGUACCACUGCAGCACAUAAACUGUCAGAGCAGCAGGUGAACAACUGCACUUUGGUAACUAAUUCACCUAUGGAUACAAAGAAAAAGUCAACUCUUCUUGCAGAAGUCAACACGCCCGAGCUUGUACAAGUGGACACAAAAGUGGUGCUCUCCUGUCCUUCUGUCCAGAGCAAUUGUAUGGUGGUAUUAACAUGGAAAAUAUCCCUCAGAGACAAGCUUACCUGCACCAAAGCCUACAGGCCAGAUACAGAAGAGACCGUGGAAGGAAACUGUACUGACCGAAGAAUAAUCUGGGCCGACAGACCUGACCAGAUCUAUGUCCUUCAGAUUGAUCCAGUGUCCAUCACUCAUGAUGGGAAUUACACUUGUGAAGUGGUAACACAUGAGGGGAAUUUCCACCGUGGAUAUCAUCUCCAAGUGUUAGUGCCCCCUGAGGUGACUCUGUUGCAAAAUGAAAACAGAACUACGGUCUGCAAGGCAGUUGCAGGGAAGCCGGCAGCGCAGAUCUCCUGGACCCCGGAGGGAGACUGUGUCACUGACAAAGAGCCUUGGGAUAAUGGCACUGUGACUGUCAUUAGUACGUGCCACUGGGCAGAAAGGAAUGUGUCUGCUGUGUCCUGCUCUGUCUCCCAUUUCACUGGCAACAAGAGCCUGUCCAUAGAGCUGUGUCGAGAUGACAUUAAAGCACCAUUUCUACAUUGGGUGUAUAUCAUUCCCUCUGUUUUUAUUUUCUUGAGCAUUAUGGGAUCCAUUUGGCUUUUGAAAAUCAACUUCUGCAGUAAAUGUAAAUUGAAAAAAAGAGAAGUUACUCUAGUUGGUGGGGAGGAAGAAAUGCAGCCUUAUGCCAGCUACACAGAGAAGAACAACCCACUCUAUGAUACUGCAAGCAGGGUGAAGACACCUUAGCUGUUACAAGUGUUACAAGUGAAACUGAUGGGUGGGGUCAACAUACUUAAUAAGUUGCUGUAGUCUAUCUUCAGGACAAAUAACUCAAGAUAUAGCACAAUUAUUGUUUUGAUUUUCUUAGAGUUCUGGAAUGAACGACCUAUUUUAAAAUUAACAUUUCAAAGAUUCUUAGCAGACAGGGAUAUUUUAAAGGAUUUGCAUUCAUAUUCCUUUACAACUGAAAUUUUAGACUCUUAAAUGCUACUAGCUAGUUCUCUGAGGAACACAUAAUAUUACAAAGAAAGCAUAUACCCAUGAUAAAAUAUUCAAAUUGGUCAGUAUAUUAGGUAAUAAAAACCAAGUUUCUUCAAGAAAUAACUGUAUAGGAGGAACAAUCAUUAACAAUGUUAUAUAUUUGUCCAGAAAAUAUCAAUGUGCACAUGGCAUGUCUGCACACUUGUGGCACUUUUAUAUGUCUAUUUAUAGAUUUAUAUACAUGUUCUUGUCAAGACAAAAAUGGGUCCAUUUCCAUGAUGUUGUUCUAUACUUAUGGAAAGUUAAUAAUACAGUAUAUCUUGGAGAUUUUUAAUAUUAACCCAGGCAGAGCUACCUCAUUCUUUUUAAUGGCCAUGUAAAAUUCCAUUGUUUGGAAUAUGUCAUAAUUUAAUUAAUCACAACCCUGCUGGUGGACCUUCAGAUUGUUUUAUUGUUUGUUUUGCUAUUAUAACGUUAGUACAUAGACUAUUUCUUGUGAAUUCCUCCUUAUAUUUAUUUGUUAUAGUUACGGAAUGAAUUUCCUUGAGUAGAAUGCUAGGUCAGGGCCAUCAUGGUAGUGCAAGUGGUUGAGCACAGCACAGUGCAAGGGGUUGAGCAUGGCACAGCAGACCUCUCCUAUCUCACCCCUUACUCCCCUCAGCAGUGUAUUUCACAGAUCUGCCUAUUCUGUUCCCCACUCUGUCUCUGGUAAAUCCUCUUGUGACAGGGCAACCCCCAUAUAAAAUGGGUUGCCUGACUGUGGGUCCUCACCCAUGUGCUUAAAGGAGAUUUAAACUGCAGGCACACACAAAAGAUUAAUAAAAGGUUUAUUUACAAGGAAAAGGGAAAUGUGGAAAUGAACAACUCAGGGAGAAAAAGAGGGAGAUAAAUUCUUAAAUGUAUCCUACCCAUUCUGCUGACCUGGAAUCCCAAAUGACCCGCUGAGACCAAAUGCUGCCUAGCCAAGAGCAUGAGCCAAGAGAGGAAGACCCAUUCACAUGGCUGGUUAUAAACACAAGCCUGAGAAAAUGGCAGCUUAACUCCACCCUUAGGUCCUCAUAACCUCCCUUUGGGGAUCAUGGGAUUUGUAGUUCCCAGUGUCUUGAUGGAGUGGGGGUGGAGUCCACAAAGCCUGUAUGGAGUUUGUGCAGGACAUCCUUUCCCCCUAACACUCUCACCUCCCUAUCCUCCACACCUCUGGCCUGUACCCCAGUUCUUGUAUGCAUAAAUAAAUAUUUUUUUUAAAAGAAUGCUAGGUCAAAAUGUACAUUUUUAUUAUUGAUUGACAUGUCAAAUUGUAUCACUUUACAUUCCCUCCUACCAUAUUUGAAUUUGCCUUUUCUUAUUGAUGAGAAAAUACAUUAUUGAGCAAAUAAAUAUAAUGAAGAUUCAAGCCCAACUUCCAGCCCGAACUUCCAGCCCAGGUGCAAUGAACACUCUAAUGCAGGCAUAAUCAAAAAGUUUGCUUACUUACAGCUCUUUCCCUUUUCUAAGCAAAAUUGCAUUUCAAAAGGGUUGGGUAGCCAGUCAAGCUGGUCUUACUCUCCAGGGCCAUCUCUGGAUGCCUGCAUCUUUCCCCCUUUGCUUGUCCUCUGUACCCCUACCCCCACCCCGGGGACUUUGCAGCAAAUGGUUGUGCCUGAUGAAAAAAAAUGCUAUCAAUGUAACAAAUAUGAAGAUAGUUAUGUAUUAAAGAAACCCUUUGUCUUUAAACCAGUGCUCAGACCUUAUGGGGCUACCCAGGCCUGGGACCUUAUGCGUGAGUAAUAAAUCUUUUCCUGACCUCACCAUUCCUGAAGUACCACUUGUUCUUCCUCUGCCUGGGUAAAAGUCUAGAAUUUCUACAACAUUAUAAUGCUAUUUUAAUAUCUGCAGGAUGCCCAUUCCUGUUUCUAAUCAAACUGUUCUGUAACAUGAUGUAAGCUUAUAAUAAUUACUAUCUAAUAAA